UUUAUUUUGAAUAGUGAGUAUUAAAGACUUUGCUGAGCUAGGCUGAACUGAACAGAAGCACCGUUUCCUGCCUCAUCCUUUUUCUCCUGUUUUUACAGGAACCUGAUCUGUUUAUGGGUACUCAGGGUGAGACCAGAGCCACACAGCAGCAAAGAUAAGAGCAGCUACUCAGGGUUGCGGGUUAAAUGUGUUGAUUCAGCAGUCAUACUUAAACUCUUUCAGUUCUAAGAAAAAAAAAACGAGCUGCAAUGAGGAACUAGCAUUUCUCAGGCCACUAAAACCAUGAAAAACAGUUGAAGUUUGACAGCUGCAGCAAGCAUAGACAACAGUGAUGGGUCAGUUCAGAAGGAUGGUCACUGGCAUAUUUUUCAGCCAGACAUUUUGGCAAAUGCUAAUGGAAACUCAGUUCCAAGGUUUGCAGUUAUUGGAGAUGUUUGAUGAGAAAGACAUUUAGCCAAUAAAUAAAGUGUUUGUAUCUCUUUUGUAACUAGUUAACCCAUUUUUACCAUUGUGUUACAUACACUUAUGUGUGGAGUGAAUGACUGGAAGAUUUAGCAUUUAUAAAGACUUUUGCAGGUCAUUUUUUAGAGCUGUGUAGUUCUCAGUGGUAACAGAUUCAGGGUAAUUGUAAUGAGCUUUGCUAAUGCUGUGUCCAUUUCAACACUUCCCCACCAGUUAUUAAGAAAAUAGCUUCAAUAAGGAACAAACAUUUCUGAAAAACAAAAGCUGAACAUAGCCCUUCUAUCAAACUGACGUAGGUUUCUGCAUCAAAACUAGGCUGUAGAAAAUGCUGUAGGUUGCAUAGAACAAUGCAGACUGCAGCCCUGUGACUGGUCUGCUAAUAAGCACUGCUUACUCGCCAUCUAUGAGUCUGUUAGUGUUUCUCAAAGACAAGGAUCCUAGAAAGGCAGUGUUUGAAGGAUGCUAUGGCAUUGAGCGCCGUCGGAGGACCGUUCCAAUGCUGAGGAUCCUCAAAAUUCUUUAAAAGUCUAUCCAAUGCACACUGUUUUCCAUCUCUUAAAAAAAUAUAGUGUAAAUAUGAUAAAGUGUAAUAUCAGGAGGAAGCCAGGUCCUAGACCACUUAAUUUUAAAUGUAAGUCUUGUCCUGUUGGUAGUUUGUUUAGGAACCUUGGAGGAUCCCUCCUACAGAGGCUGCCUUUUACCAUUUCGUUGCCUGUUUUUGCCAUUAAAUGUAAAAUAUUGAUAGAUUUUUUACUGCUUUUCACCCAUUAUUGUCACUUUAUAACCACUUCUUGUAAAUUUUUCUUUUUUUUUUUUUUUGCCUGUUUAUUGUUUACAUAUUUUCUUUUUGUCAGUUUUUGCCCCUUUCUGCGAAAUUAUUUUGCAAUGUUAUGCCUACAUUGGCCACCUAUUGCCAUGUUUUUGCCCAUUCUUCCCCUUUUUGUCCCUUUUGCUAAUAAUUUUUGCCACCAUUUGUCAACUUUUUCCCACUUUCAUUCAGUUUUUCCCCCUUUCACAUAUUUUUGUUUACCACUCUUUGGCAUUUCUGCCUGUAGUUGCAAUCUUUUUUGCCUGUUUUAAAUUGGAACAAUAAUGCCACACAAAGUCAGAUCAUUUGAUUUACUACAAGUAAAAAAUAACUGGAACCUUGACCCAGAAAAUGCUCUUCCACUUAAUUUUAAUGCCAUCCUCAAUGUGUUAAAGUUGGUCCCGGCAGGUGGGGCUUCUCUAACUGAGUGGAUAAUUUCACUCAUGGUGCAAAAAGUGUCUAACCCCCAUAAGCAUUGUGGGAAACCUUUAAAGGGUCAACUCAGAAAAAUAGAGCUGAAAGAGCUGUUUCUUCUUUUUUAAGUUAAACCAUUUUUUUAAUAGCCUUUUACCGCUCAGUCUUACAGCGUGCAUGGUCAUUAAAAUGCGGGAAAUAAAAGAAGAUGAGGACAUCUCUCUGAUUAAAGAAAGGAGGGAGAAAUGUCUUGGGUCAAAGAGGGAAGUCUUAGAAUCAAAAAAAGAAACAGGAACUUCAGUCUUUUCAAAGAAACACUUCACCAGUGACUCUGCCACUUCAGGGUGUUAGAAGAAGACGCAGCGAUAGAGAGGAGAGAGGAAGAGAGGAAAGAUGGGUCCACUCAGAGGGAUGAAAAUGUCUUUAUUUGUGAUUCUGAUGCUUCUGUUUACAGCAGCGACUGCUGAAAAAAUCGUCUCCUUCAUUGUCAGAGAGGGAGAUGAAGUGGCUCUGCCCUGUGGAAACGUGACACGGAAUCGGCAGAAGUGUGACCCGACGUAUUGGGUGACCGGUCGGGUCAAAAAGAGUCAACUGAACGUGACGGCGGACUGUUCUCUGGUUAUAAAAAGUGUCACACGUCAGGAUGCUGGACGCUACAGCUGCAGGCAGAUCAUAUCAGGGGAACAAGAACCGGAUGCUCUCAUGUUCCUGUCAGUUAUUCACAUUUCCAGCGAUGACGCUCUGAGUUUCUACUGCUAUGUGUACACAAAUGGAGAGUGUGCACACACAGUUCAGUGGCAAUAUAAGGGUGGAGAUGGAAAUAUAACAACAAAAGAGCGGCACUGUGUAGCCACUGCAAGAUUUACUAAUCGUAUUGAUCAGAGGUCAGCCCUUUAUAACUUGCUGUAUUGUAAUGUGACCGAUGAAAGGAGUGGACAAACCUUGCUGUGUGACGCCAUCUCCAAAUCAUGCAGAAAAGCAGAAAGCACAACAGGAAGAGACGACGCUUCAACAAAGCAAGGUUGGCUCAGGUAUAUCAUUGUGUUUGUUGGAUUGGCAGCUUUCAUAAUAACUGUUGUGACAGUCAACAUAUGGAUGAAAAGCAAAGGGAACCAAACACAGACGGAUCACAGUGCUGUACAAAAUGAUGAGGAUGAAGAUGAAGGUUUAGUCGUCUAUGAAGACCCUGGCGGCUACAAUGCCUCUGUCAGAAUCCAGAAAAUGUCAGAUUAUCACCACCUUAAAACAGAGAAAACCUAGAGAAAUAACCAUGACACAAUGAUUUUGUAGGAUUUUAAGCACUCUGCUUCAUUUAUUCCAUCUUCUCAUGGUUUUUAAUUAUUCUCGCCAGUGUUUUACAUUGAUGAGGUCCUCAUCAGCUGGAAGCCAUGUUUUUGAAGCAUGUAUCCAAUGAAUCAGGGGAAGGCUAAAUAUCAGCUCAAUACCACUCCAAAGUCGGCUGUUUUUGUUUUGGGGGCAAAAAUCACAUCUGCAGCAGUUAAUAACGCAUAUAGUAUGUCAUUGCUGGUGAUAUAGGUACAAAUGUGAACAUAAUAGUUUGUACUCUUUGGCUACAGAAAGAAAAACCCACAAAGCUCAAUGAAAUAAGUUGAAACUGAAAAAAGUGAUAUUAAUAAAAAUGUACAGAUAAUUAACCUAUGAAAAUCACAUUGCUGUUGAAUUGUGGUUCAACAGAAUCCUUUUUUAACUAAUGAAACUAGUCUGGACUAAAUUGAUGGUGCUCUUUACUAAACAUUUUGAUGCAUAACCCUUUGAGGCAAUCACUGCAAUCAAGCGAUUUCUAUAAUUCUCAAUGAGGCUUCCUCACCUGUCCCAGGUAUUUUGGCCCACUCCUCAGGAACAAACUGCUCCAGCUGUCUCAGGUUUGAAGGGAGCUUCAGGCUCUCUGACACUGACCAGCACAUUUGGCUCCAGAAUGCCUUGAUAGUCUUGAGAUUUCAUUUUACCCUGUACAGAUUAGACACCCUGUGCCAGAUGCAGCAAAGCCCCAGAACAUAACCAAGCCUCCUCCGUGUUUCACACUAGGUAUAGGUGCACCCGAAAAAGUCACAAAUAUAACUUCUUAAAGGGAUAUUUUGGGAUUUUUGAAGUUGGGUCGUCUGAUUUGCUUGGCUAUAGUAGUAGCAUUAGCCUCCAGUGAUUUCUGUGAAAGUUGAUCCUGUGGUUAUAACAAGCUCAGAGAGAUCCACGGCAUAGUGGCUGUAGAUGGCAAUGUUAAAUCGAGUUUUACGUAAAAAAUGGGCCAAGAAAAUGCUCUCUCUUAAGUAAAUCUAUACGGCUUUACACACUGUACACUGGCUACUCCAAGCGAAAUCCAAGCUUCAUUUCUAUAUUGUCCCUUGAGACGACAUAAUAAAAUGGUUGCUGAAAUGUGAGGGGUGCACUCACCUUUGUGAGGUACUGUAUUUGGUUUAGCAUCAUCUUGCUGAUACUGUCAAGGCCUUCCCUAGAGACGUUGUUUGGUUGAGAGCUCUAAAACCACUGUCUACUUUUCAGCAUUGUUAGUUCCUUUCCAGAUGUGUCAGCUGCCAUCACCUUUGGCACUAAUGCAACGCCACACCAUCAGAGAUGCAGGCUUUAGAACUGAAAACAAGCUGGGUAGGUGCAGAAUAGAGCGUGUGUGCUUUCUAAAAAGAAAUUUGAAAUUUUGAUUCACCUGACCACAGAACAGUUUUCCAUUUCUAGAGAAAGCUGCACAGAGAUGGCUUAAAGAACAAGCUGAAUGUUCUAGAUCAGCAGAGUUGAAGCCCAGACUUCAAUCCAAUAGAGAAUUGUGGCUGGACUUGAAAAGGGCCGAUAUCCGUGCAACCUGACAGAGCAUGAGCAGUUUAGCAAAGAGUAAACUUUGAGUGUCCAGAUGUUUGAGCCUGAUUGAGACCUAUUCACACAGACUCAGAGCUGUGACUGCAGCCAAAUGUGACUCUAGUAAAUACUGAGUAGAAGGAAGCAUAUUGAAUAAGCAGAUUCAGUGUGGUAACUUUACAGAGCAUAUUGUGGCGAUCCAGGAAGCAGUCACCUGGAGCAGGGACUUCUGGGAUUGCUUUGUACAAAAGAAUGCAUUCUUCUACUGUUCUAUAAUGUUCAUGUUUCAUUGCAAAGUUGAUAAUUAUGCAUGUUUUGUUUAUUGGUUCAUGUUUUUAGUGGAAAAUGUUUGACCAAAUGUGACACCAUGAGUGAGGGGGUCAUUGCUGCAGACUACCCUGUCUGUAUAUGUCUGUAUCUUGGAGUUCUUAAUAAAGUGGUGGCUGCUUAU